GUUCAUUCAGUCAUUAAGUGAAAAGGAAAAGAGAGAAGGCAACUUGUUGGUUUUUGUCAUCUCUCUCCUUAUCCUCUCUCUCCCCUUAUCCUCUAUCUCUAAUUCUGUAGCUUCUUCUUCUGCAACUGCUCAGAAGAAAACCCAGAAAAUAUAUCAUGGAUGACAGUAGAAAUCUGGACUCCAAGAUUUCAGAAGAUUUAAAACCAGAAACUCAAGCAUCCAAGAAAAGGAAGAAUAUGGAUCAGAGGGUUGUAGUAGAGGUGAAAAUACAAGCAGGUGAUAAAAAACAGAAAAGUGAAGGGCCUCCUCCUGAUAGUUGGUCUUGGAGAAAAUAUGGACAAAAACCCAUCAAAGGAUCUCCAUACCCAAGGGGUUACUACAGAUGCAGCACAUCAAAGGGUUGUUCGGCCAAAAAACAAGUGGAAAGAUGCAGAACAGAUGCAUCCAUUCUCAUCAUUACUUACACAUCCACUCAUAACCAUCCAGGCCCCGCCCAUCAUUCCUUCACCAAUCAAAAUCAAGAGCUCAAUGAACCUUCACUCCCAGAACUCACAGAGGAUCAUCCUGCAAUCCCAGAUCAAGAAGAAGAACCAGAUACAAAGGAUCAAGAAACCCCAUUACCCAAUAAUGACCACUUCCACUAUUCCCAGUCUCCAUUCAAUUCUGCCCAAGAAAUCAUUAUGGAUCAAGACAUGAACCCUUUCACAGUAAAUCUGCAAAACCCAUAUGAUUAUGAUUCACAAAGGGUAAUUAUAAAUGAAGAGCCCUUUCUAUACUCUCAUCCAAUGAACUUCUCAGCAUCUAAAUCAGAAGAAAAUGACUUCUUCGAUGAGCUUGAAGAACUACCCAUGUCUUCAUUUUUGACAGAUUUCAUGAGAAGUAGUACUUUGCUUGAGGAAAGAAUUCUUGUAGAACUUUCUUGAUUCCAGCAUUCACUUUCAAUGCUUGCAAAUUUAAUUAGAGCAAUGUAAUUUAGCAGACUAGUUGUUCAUGUACAUGUAGCUACUUCUUUCAUUUAGCAAAAUCGAUAGUAUAACUUUGAUGCGUUCA